AUGAAGUUGGACAUUUCCAAAUUUGACAUUGAAUUUUUGUCAUUUCUUUUCGUGAGCAGUGAAAAAAAAUUUUAUUUGUGAAAAUGGGUAAAAGUGCAAAAAAACUCAAAAAAGUGAAACAAUUCCGACCUCAAAAACAAUUUCGUUAUCUUCCGGGUUCUGUAACAGAUGAGGCAAAUACUAUUGACUUAGCUACAUAUAACUCUUUCAGAUAUAGGGUAUUUUGUGCGAGGCCAAUGGUAGAUUGCUAUCCAUCAAAACUGAAAUCUUUUAAUUUACUCAACAUUAGAAAACUAAGUCAAGAUCUACAAACAGCAAUGUUGAUCGAUAAAAAAAAUAAAGAACUCUUAGCAAAAAUAAAUAUGAUCAACAGAAAGGGGGGAGUGGUGGACACUUACAACCCCCUGGCAUACAGAAGGACAAAUAAAUGGAUGUUUCAUGAAUUGAAAAUGAAGAAAAUAGCUGAAGAAAAUUUGGCUAUAUAUAAGGUGAUCCAAUCAGCAACCUCUUUUUACCAAACGAAAGAAUUCAGAAGGGAAUGGCAAACCACAGUAAAAGAAAUGGAUCAUUCUUGCAAAUAUCCGUUGACGAUUGUGUACAAACCAAAUAUUGAUAAUAUACUUCGUAGCGAACCCUCUAUUAGUGAUGGAUUGCAGAGAGGAAACUUCGAUAGACCGUGUUUCUUAGAGUUUCAAGUGAGAAAGGGCGAAUACUUGGGAGUAGUAUUCAUAGAAUUAUAUUUUGACCACGUUCCCGUUACCGUACAAAAUUUCGUAGGGAUUUGUACUGGUGAAGGAUUGACAUACAAAAAUUGUUUGGUACAUAGGAUAAUCAAAGGGCAGUAUUUAGAAACUGGCGACAUCACUAAAGGAACUGGACGUGGUGGUGCUUCCAUUUAUGGCGAGAGAUUUCACGAAGAAAAUCAUAUGCUGAAGCAUACCAAAGCCGGAGUUCUUUCCAUGAAGAGGUUGCCUCCAACUGAUAAUAAUUCACAGUUCUGCAUAACUUUCACGAAGAUGGAGCAACUGGAUCAUAAAAAUGUAGUGUUUGGAAAAGUAAUUCAAGGAAAUGCCACCCUUUUCAAAAUUCAGGAUUACGGACGUAAAAUUGGAAAACCUUAUGCCGAGAUAUAUAUUUCUAAUUGUGGUGUACUGGACUGAAUAUAAUUUUUUGGAUUAACAUUCAA